AUGGAGCAGAGCAACUUGAGGAGGACAUUGUGGGUGAUGUUUCUGGGCCAGGCCGUUUCUUUCUCCCUUGCCCUCACCAGCUUCUCUUCUUCCCUCGUCGCCGCUCUUGGAGUUGAUGCACCCAUCGCCCAGAGUUGCUUCAGCUACUUCGGUUUGGCCUUAGUUUACGGCGGCAUAUUCCUUCACAGACGCCAUAAGCUACAGGUUGCUUGGUAUUGGUAUCUCCUCCUGGGAUUCAUCGAUGUGCAGGGCAAUUAUCUGGUGAACAAAGCGUACCAAUUCUCGUCAAUUACGAGUGUGACGCUGCUGGAUUGCUGGACCAUACUGUGGGUCAUCAUCCUGACGUGGCUGGUCCUGGGGACUCGCUAUUCCAUCCUCCAGCUUCUUGGUUCCGCCAUUUGCGUCCUCGGCCUUGCUCUGGUUCUCUUCUCCGACGCUUGGGUGGGCGGUGGCGCAGCAGGCGGUUCGAGGCCUCUUCUGGGCGACACGCUAGUCAUCGGCGGAACCAUUUUCUUUGCUCUCAGCAAUGUAGGCGAGGAGUUUUGUGUGAAGAGGAGAGACAGGAUUGAAGUUGUCAUGAUGCUUGGUGUUUUCGGUCUACUUGUCAGCUUGGUCGAGUCAUUUGUAUUCGAACGCGAGAGUAUUAAAUCAUUAAAUUGGUCUGUGAAUAUUGUAUUAGCCAUCGCUGGCUAUACAAUAUCUAUAUUUUCAUACUAUACACUCACUCCUUAUGUGUUGAAGUUGAGUGGAGCCACCUUGUUCAACCUCUCCAUCCUAACUUCUGAUAUGUGGGCUGUACUUAUUCGCAUAUUUUUCUAUGGUCAAAAGGUGGAUUGGCUCUACUUCCUUGCCUUCUUGAUAGUCACCAUUGGCAUAGUUACCUACUCUGUUAAUGAACAAGAUUUCAGUACAAACGUCCCCAAAAUAAAUGAAGGAGAUGACAAUUCAGAAUACCAACUACUUGAUGACGACAAUACAAAAGUUGUCGAAAAUGAAUGCGUGGUGCCAUAAAUUUUUUUUUUUUUUUUCAAAUCAGUUUGGAUAGUUUUAUUCUAAGGCUCGUUUGCUUCAUGGAUUUGAAAAAUGAAGGUUUUGGUUAAAACCUGGGUUUUACAAAACCAUGGAUAUAUGAUGGAAUUGCCCCAUUUGGUUUUUGGUACAAACCAUUGUCUACUUGUUGAAUUUCAUAAUGGAUUUGGCAUUAUUAUAUUUGU